CUAAGGCGAACCCGCCAUAAAUUAUUUGGGUCAAGUUGAGCUCUUUCAAGGAUUGUCAUUGUACGUAUGCCAGCAUAGCAACUGAAGAAAAGAUAGCAAAUGCCUCGCACUGGAAAGAUCUUGUCUCGUUCGGUCGUAGGAGGUGACCGAAACCGAAGAGAAUCAAAACUCAUGAAAGCUAGUCAACCUCCUUCUUCUACAGCAAAAAAUUCAACGGGUGUCAAAGCACAUAGAUAUCGUCCAGGUACGAGAGCUCUAAUGGAAAUCCGCAAGUUUCAAAAGAGUACGGAAUUGUUGAUUCGCAAGUUACCGUUUGCUCGUCUGGUAAAGGAAAUAACUCAACACUAUCACCAUGAACUUCGUUGGCAAGUUGAAGCAGUCCUAGCUCUUCAAACAAGUGCUGAGGACUAUCUAGUUGGUUUGUUGGAGGAUGCUAAUUUAUGUGCAAUACAUGCUAAAAGGGUCACUAUAAUGCCAAAGGAUAUGCAAUUAGCAAGAAGAAUCAGGGGAUAUCGUGAUGACCCACACGCUUUCAUGUGAUAUCGCUCUAUUGUGAGUCUGUAAAUCUCGAAUUUUGACUGAAUAGACUGGAAAAUAGUCACUUUUGUGAAUGAAUACUUUGAAUAAAUUCUUCCAAUCAAAA